AUGGCAAUAGCUGUGAUGGUGAAGGGGGCGCUGGUGGAGGGGGACUUAACCGGAGAGGAGAAGCUCGUUGAGGACCAGGGAGUAUCGUCGGAGCCGCUCAAGAUGGAGUCGAUUCCCGUGGGCCAACAGAUGGAUGAGGAUGUUGUUUGUUUAUAA